CAGGUUUGCACGUGUUGAAAAUGUGUUUUGGGUUUCGGGGUGUAUAUCUCAUCCCCGGUAAGCCUUUAAAGUCCUGCGGACAGGCACUGAUUUCCCAGUAUGUGCCAUCAAGCCCAUCAUCCGAAAUGCAAGUGGAGAAGAAGAAGCCACCUCCAACCAUAGACUACAGCUCAGAGGAGAAUGAGGAGAUUGUAAAGCAAGUAGUGUCAGGUUCUAUCCCUUCCUACGCUCUUGAGUCAAAGCUCGGUGACUGCAAGCGUGCGGCUUCCAUACGUCGUGAGGCUCUAGAAAGGACCACAGGAAAAUCUUUGAUUGGAAUGCCACUAGACGGGUUUGAUUACGAGUCUAUACUAGGACAAUGUUGUGAGAUGCCUGUAGGGUACAUACAGAUCCCGGUAGGGAUUGCAGGGCCGUUGUUGCUGAAUGGGGCCAAGUAUUUUGUACCCAUGGCAACAACGGAAGGGUGUUUGGUUGCUAGUACUAAUAGAGGGUGUAAGGCCAUAUAUAUGUCUGGUGGUGCAACAUGUAUUUUGCUAAAAGAUGGGAUGACUAGAGCUCCAGUUGUGAGGUUCGGUAGUGCUAAGCGUGCUGCGGAGUUUAAGAUGUUUUUGGAAGAUCCAGAUAGCUUUGACACUCUUGCAAUGGUCUUUAACAAAUCAACCAGAUUUGGUAAACUACAAAGCAUCAAAUGUGCCAUUGCUGGGAAGAACAUAUACAUUAGGUUUUGUUGCAGUACCGGUGAUGCCAUGGGGAUGAACAUGGUCUCAAAGGGUGUCCAAAAUGUACUCGACCACCUUCAAAUCGAUUUUCCCGAUAUGGAUGUUAUAGGCUUAUCCGGAAACUAUUGCUCAGACAAAAAACCGGCUGCUGUGAAUUGGAUAGAAGGGCGUGGCAAGUCGGUGGUUUGUGAGGCUGUGCUUAAGGAAGAGGUGGUGAGAAAGGUAUUGAAAACCAACAUUGCGGCUUUGAUGGAACUCAAUAUGCUCAAGAACAUGGCCGGUUCAGCCUUGGCUGGUACACUUGGUGGGUUCAAUGCUCAUGCUAGCAAUCUAGUGUCGGCGAUAUUUAUAGCCACCGGUCAAGACCCAGCUCAAAAUGUUGAAAGUUCUCAUUGCAUCACCAUGAUGGAAGCCAUCAAUGAUGGCAAAGAGCUUCAUGUCUCAGUCACCAUGCCUUCCAUUGAGGUUGGGACAGUCGGAGGAGGAACACAAUUGGCUUCGCAAGCGGCAUGCUUGAACCUGUUGGGUGUGAAAGGUGCAAACAAAGAUGUACCGGGCAUGAACUCAAGGGUAUUAGCCACGAUAGUCGCAGGUUUGGUUCUGGCUGGUGAAUUAUCUUUGAUGUCAGCUAUCUCAGCUGGUCAACUUGUCAAGAGCCAUAUGAAAUACAAUAGAUCUUCAAGAGAUUUGACAAAAAUGGCCACUUAAUUAGUCAUGAUGCAUUCUCAAUGGUUCAACUUAUAUUUAUUUCAAUGUACAAUAAAGAAAAUGUAUGAAAAAAAAAAGACAUAGCAUAAUGUUUAUAAUUCUUUUCCUUC